CAUUGUCUAUAUAAAUACGGUUAUACCACAUUAUACGCUUCACAUAGUUCAACUGGCAAUCUAAGUAACAACAUGGACGCCAAGAUCAGUCUACUUUUACUCGCUCUCUUUGGUCUAACUCUGCGGCUGACUCAGGUCAGCUUGGCGGCCAAAUGGCCCAAGUGUAAGAACGAUUCAGAUUUAUUGGACUACUACACCAAACUUUUUGAGGGAUAUGCAGGAUCGUCCGCGGUUAAAAGACAGGUAAGAGCUACUUAGUGGUCUGAGGUUAAUAAUUUAGACAAACGACUGCCCAAUGGCAAAUGCAGGAAUCAACCCCAUCAAACUUUAUUGCCGUCCAGUUUUCAGAUUCUGCUAAGACAGCGAAACUGAAACUUUCCCGGACAUUUUUUUACAAUUGCAUGCACUCAACAGUACCAAAAUAAGAUUAAUAGGAUAUUCAUUAAAUUGGAUAUAUUAAAUCAUAUAAUUACAACAAGAAUAGGUUAUUUAUAGCUAUGUCACGAAACAGUCAACAUAAUAACCAAGAUGAUAAUAGCCGAGAUUAUCUCAAAAUUCUUAAAGAAUGCAUAUGACUUUUCCUCGAAACAUCGAAAUUCUUCAAUUGUUUUCUUGAUGUUGUUUGAUCCUGUAGUCGUUGUUGGUCAGUUGUUGGGUGCAGUGUUUUUUACAUUCAUGUUUGGUAAUGUUAUCUUUCGUUACAGUGGAGCUUCGGUGACAAUCGUAAUUGUUGUAAAAACAUAGUCUAGACUAGGCUAAAUAAUUAUGUAGUUAGAUUGGCAUAUAAUACUUGAUAUAAAGCGCAUUGGGUGAUAUCCACACGUAAACUUGCGCUAUAGAAAUGCAGUUGAACUCAAUGUUGGAAGGCAGCAUGGUCAGGUCUGACGUUAUUCUAAAGACUUUUAUCUAACAGCAUCAGCCAAUGCAAUGGCGAGCGAUGUUGGACUGGUUUAGGCACUACAUAGGGGAAAUAAAGAAAACCCUGUAUCGAGCUCUUCAAAGUUCAAACAUGAAUGAUUUUGAAUGACAGUUACGAAAUUCAAACAUUCAAACGGCCGUUAAAUAACCGACUUUGAUACUGGCCAUUUCAAACUGGCGGUCAGGAAACAAUACAUUGCUUCCUGCGGUUUGAAAAUUUAAUUACUAACACUCUUUUCUUUAUUCGAUAUUGGCAACUUUCUGAAUCACUCUUUCAUGGCUUUUCCUGCAUGCCAUAUAAAUAUACAUUUGAACAUUGGUUUUCAGUAUAAAUUUUAAGUAUAAUUUUUAAUGUCGAUUAUACAGCGCGUGGUCGCCGCUCAACACACCCAUUCAGAAAGUACUUCACUUAGGCCAUAUACAGCGUUUUCGUGUGUGUGUUAUAUUGUUAAACUAAUGUCACACUCACGAAAACAAGGCUCUUUUAAUUUGCCAAAAUGACGUACUUUCCGCUCUAGCCAGAGGCUUACAAUACACACCCCCGACAACUAAGGCAUAAGGUUCAGUUUUUGGUGAGGGGGCGGGGGAAACUAAGUCAUGUCCUGGCUAUCUUCAUUUUAUACGUAAAACACUAAAAAAUCAUGACUGUGAACGAUCUUGUAUUUUCCUGAUACAAAAUUUUGCUGAUUUACACAUAUUUGUUUUCCCCACCAAUCAUUCAUGUCUAUGAGUAUGAGUAUGAGAUUGUUGACGUUAAUUUUUCAUCAGGACGAAUCACAAGCAUGCAAUAUAUCCAUGCAGUAUUCGCGUCUGUGUUGUAUAUAAGAUAAACAACUACCGCGACUUUGGAUCGCUCAUGUUUGUAUAUGAUAUCUUACUAUGAUACAACACAGCCCCACUAUCCCGGACAAUCAAGGGAAACAUAUUCUAAUAUACGUAUCCUAUCCUAACUUUCCUAGAUGACAUGGACGUUCAGUUGUCUUCACGCAUCAGUCAUUAAAGACGAAAACGACAACUCCUUGUUUUCAUAUCAAAUCUACCAAUGCUGUGCUAAAUGUGAAUUUCCAAACUUCUCACUCUGCACGCUCGCGGAUUAUCCGAAUUGGCAGUGUGGGAGUGAGGCUUAUGAUUGCGUGUUUGGAUGCCGUGAUGAGGACAGUGUGUUGGAAGCUGUGGUUUCUGCUUAUAGUCUGGGUAUGAGCAGGAAACGAGAAUUGAAUAUCACAGACACUCAGGUAAGAUAUACAUCAGGAUUUUGGGCAUCUAACUCCAUAUAAUUUUAAAAUUGUUACCAGGGAAAUGUACUAUAGGCCUACAGUUGCAUUUUUCGCAACUGCUGCUGGCCAGAUCUAAUAAAUGUCAUAAAAAUUCGACUCACAAUUUCCAUCUACAAUCCUUUCAAGAACAAGGUAAGGUGUACGCAUUUUAUUUUUGUAACACUUUUCAUAUAAGAUUUCAUCGCUUUUUUAUCAUGCCAUAAUAUUCCAUUAUGUCCAGACUAUUUUUUCGUACUACAAGAUUCUAAGAUCUUUCUAUCUGAGUUAAGGGAUUAUUGAGCCCUCAAAUCUUCAAUCUUAAUCUAGUGAUCAAUCUAGCCCUGCACAGACAACCUUGUCGUGUCAUUGCUUGCGAACCACUGCUUCUUACUUCCUUCUUCUUAAACGCAGAUCUGGUCCCAGACUCACUCAGGAUCGGCUGUCUAGUCCUCCAUUACUUUCUGUCCCUUGUCAUUUCUACUGUCAGUUGCUUGAUAUUUAGAUCUUCUUUCACAUAGCCUAUCCACAUCUGUCAUGGCUUCCUACUUAUCCUGCCCCAUGUUAUCUCCGCUCAAUAAUAUAUCUGAGUAGCAUUCCAUCUUUUCUUAUCACGAUCCCAUUUCAGCCGUAAUGUCUGCCACCCCACAUCUUCUGAUCUCUUCAUUCCAUAAUAACUCUGACCUGCUCCCAUUCAUCUUUUAUUAUUAGAUGUCUAUACCAUCUCAGUUUUGCUUUCUUCAUCUUCUCCGCAAUAUAUGCCAGCCAGUGGUGCCACCCCACAUCUUCCGAUUCUUUUUAUCCCUUCUCAUUAUGCAUGUGUCCAUAACAUGUCAUCUUUGCAAUGUUUACUUCCACAUUUUCUAAUAUCUCCAUUCCAUAAUGUCUCUAACAAGCUCUUCUUCAUUCCCCCUUGAUGCCUGUCCAUAUCUUGGUUCCCUCAUUUUUCAGCAAAGUUUACCACUUCACAUGUUCUUCAGAUCUCCUCAUUCCAUUAUGUCUCCGACCGACUUUCCUUCAUCUCUUCUACUCGAAUUAUUACCUGUUCAUAGUAUUCCAGUUUCUCACCCCUUUUCUGCAAUGUCUACCACCACUUAUUCCAAAACUUUCAUUCCUUGCAGGUGACUAAGGUAAGAAAACAAUUACGGCUCUUACGACGCGAGAAGAAAUGCUAUGAGAGAACGUGUACAGUUACAAAUGGAGUAAAAGAUUGCUGCUUGAAAAGCACGUGUGUCUCACUCAAGAGCCUUACAACAAAACUAGGCAAAGCAAAGAAGAAUCGUGAAAAACUGUUGAAAAAAUUGGCAAAGGCAAAGUCGACAACGAGAUAGGAAUGAGAGAACUGAUUUGAAAACUACUUUUUCUGGACAAUGUAUUUAGUUUUGAUUAUAACAGUUUCGUUUAGUUAAGAAUGGUUUUUAGUUUAUCAAGAGUGAGCUUCCACACAACAAAUUUGAUUAUGUAUCAUGCAUAAAUUUUACGUUACGAUCGAAUUGGAGAACAGCCUUUAUAGUCUUUGUGCAAGACUCGUGCUGAAAGACAGACAAACACACACACAUACAAACGUGCAUGGAUGAUUAAAUUGAUUUAGAAAUAUAUAGCGUACCAAUUAAGUUGUUGUAAUCAUUAAUACGAAAAAUAUUAAUAUGAUUUGCGGAGAUAACGAU